ACAUGUUGUUAUCGAUAGACGAUCAGGCGACACGUGCAUUCUCUCAGUGUUUAUUUUGUUUGCAUUUUACACUUACCAGCAUCUUAAUUCCACAAAAUGAGUGAAGCUGUACCCGAAACUGCGCCGUCAAAGACAAAGUCAAAGGCAAAGAAGGCGACGAAGCCGGAAAACAGCAUCCCACGUGGUCAACCCAAAUCCAACCGGCCGUGGAAGACGCCCAAACAAAAAUUUAGCAAGAUUAAGAAGACCGUGAAUCGACUAUCCUUCGAGAAGAAGACAGCCUUACGCGACGAGUUGCGAUACAUCAAAGAGCGAUCCAAGGAGAUCAAAGACAAGCGCAAGGAGGAUGCCGUUCAGAAGCACCAGCGCCGCGUGGAGAACGCAGAACGCCGACUGGCCAACGAACGUCGAUCGGAGGUCGUCCAGAUCAUUAAGAAUCCUGCCAAGCUAAAACGCAUGAAGAAGAAACAGAUGCGCAUGAUCGAGAAGCGCGAUACCAGCCAGGUGAAGGUGGUUUAAGGUGCUGCCCUAGAAUUAACUUGUAUUUUUUGCUAAAUAAAUCUAGUUUUAAUGCCAA